GGGAAGAGCAAGGGUGCUAGUGGGGAGGGGGCUGGUGUCCGUCCUGCUGUGACGCACGGUGGGGCCAGCCCUGCCUGUGACCACUCUGCAGACCCAGCUUGUGCAGAGGCCACCCCACAGAGAUGUCCUGGCUGGUGCCUUCGUCCAGCUCUGCUGCUGCCUGUGUCACCCUCCUGAUUGGCUGUGCCUGGCUCAGCUCCGCCACACAAUUCUCCCCAAUGCGUAACAAAGGGCGAGUCUUGAUUCCUCUCACUCCCCAAGAAGAAACCACGUGCCCCAGCGCCUCCGUGGAAGGUUUUCUCAACAGCACUUUCACCACCCACCUCCUCCCUGCCCUCUACUCUGUGGUCCUGUUUGUGGGGCUGCCAGCCAACGCUCUGGCUUGCUGGGUCCUGGUGACCAAGUUCAGGGGACAUUCCAGCACCCUCUUCCUGCUCAACCUGGUCAGUGCCGACCUGCUCUUUGUUGUCCUGCUGCCCUUCAAGAUCUCCUACCACCUCCUGGGCAAUCACUGGCUCUUUGGGGACUACCUGUGCCGCACCAUGGUGGCUGCCUUCUAUGGGAACAUGUACAGCUCCAUCCUCUUUCUCACCUGCAUUGGCCUGGAGCGCUACAUCUCUGUGGUGCACCCAUUUCUGCGGAAGGGCUCCAGCUGGGUGUGGGGCAAGGCAGGCAUCUCUGUGGGCAUCUGGCUGCUGGUGGGGCUGGGAGUGAGCCCUCUGCUUUUGCACUCCCAGACAAGUCAUAUCUUGAGCCUGAACAUCACAACAUGCCACGAUGUCCUAGGAAAGGAUAAGCACAUGUUCUUUGCCUACUAUUUCCUCUCCCUGGUGGGUCUGGGCUUUGGCUUGCCCUUCGUGCUCAUGACCAUCUCCUACAGCUGCAUCCUGGCACAGCUGCUGCCCAAGGGGAGACGCUAUCGGCAGGUGGUGCAUGUCCUGGCCCUGGUUCUCCUGGUCUUCAUCCUCUGCUUCACCCCCAGCAACGUGCUGCUUUUCAUCCACUACAUGCUUGAAGCCACGGGGUGCCACAAUGUCACCUACAUACAGUACACCCUGGCCCUGGUGUUCAGUGCAUUCAACAACUGCUUUGAUCCCUUCAUCUACUUCUAUAUCUCCAAGGAUUUUCGGGGCUGGGUCCGGAAUGCAGGCAGCUGCUGCCUGGGGGGGCUCGAGACCUCGUCGGCGAGAGCCUCGGAGAAGGCAGCCUUGCCCCUGAGGUCCAGCAAUCAGAGUUAGCUGUAGGCAGGCCUAAGGAGUGCCAGGCUGUGUUCCCCUGCCCUGGGAAGGGGGGAUCCUCCAGCUUGGUGCCCAGUAUGAAGGGCCAUGCCAUCCCAGACUAGCAGCAGACAUGGACAGAAAAUCCCACCCUGGAUCUGAGGUUCACUAGGUCUUUGCCCCAGUUUUGCAUUUUCUCCAAUGCUGCUGGUGCUGCCCCCAUCCCAUGGGUCCCUCGGUUAGGUGCCUGACCCUGGCACCCCCGUCUCCCUGCCUGCCAGACCCCCACAUCACACUGCUCCUUCUGCAGUGACCAGACCCUCCAGAGUACAAAUAAACCUUUAUUUCUCCCUG